CUUAGAACAAAUCCAGAAACAAAUCUUUAUUAUAUUUUCUUUCAAAUUUGGCCUCUUCAUAUUUCCUUACUCCCUAAGCAAAUUUCUCAGAAUAAAUUAAAAACUUUCCAUUCGUUUUGAAUUUGAAUUCAAAACAUGGAGGAGCCUCUACUCUCAGAAGAAAGGAGUGAAUCGGGAGAGAAAGUGAGCAAGAAAUGGAGCUCCUAUCAGCAUGUGGGAAGAACAAAUACAGUUAUUCCAACUGCUUCGUUGGCGGGAACCGAAGUCAGCGUUGAAGAAAUUCGAUCAGCUGCCUCUUUUUCCGAUCACUAUCCGCCGUCAAUUCACGCGCCUUUGAUCAGUUCACCAGAACCAGAUCCUCAACAGCAAGCUAUUGUUUAUCAAGGCGGGUACUACGGAGGAGACUAUGGUGGAAAUGUGAACGAAUAUCGGCGGCAAAUAUUGGAUGAGGUUGAGAUAAGGGAAUUGCUCAUUGAUCAUGUUGGUCAUCGUUGCUGUUGGGGAAGUCGUCCUGCUCGAACAUGGAAGAUUCAUGCAGUAGAAGACUGCAAUGUCUAUGUGGGAACACUUGAUACAUUCAUAGAGGAGAGGGAAACUAUAACAGAAACAGAGCCUUGCCUUGGUGGCAAUGUUGAUGGGAAAGAUAAUGAGCCCAAACUAGGCAUCUGGGAAUUGGAUCUAAGGUCACAAUUCCCUGUUCUAUUUGUACCUUAUGAAGAAACACAGAUAAAGAUUCCUCAUUCUGAAACCAUCAAAAAAUGCCCUGGUUGUGGAGGACGUGGGGAUAUUGUAUGUCACAGUUGCAAUGUAGAUAAAGACCCUGGAUUUUAUAGGGAAAACCAGAUGGCUCAGUGCCCUAACUGUUAUGGGAGGGGUUUAAUUGCUCAUAAAGAUGGAUCUGACACAAUAUGUACGAAGUGCAAUGGAAAUGGAAAACUUCCUUGUGCAACUUGUGGAUCUCGAGGGCUUAUAAAGUGCGAGACAUGUCACGGAAGUGGUUCUCUCUUGACACGCAGUAUAGCCAUUGUUCGAUGGAAGACUAUUUCAACUAGAAAAGUAAGUGCAACAAGUGGAGCAGCGUCUGUACCUGAUGAGGUUUUCCACAGAGCAAAAGGGGUGCAGUUGUGCAAUACUCAGGCAUACCAGUGUUCUCCUGCCUUUUUUGCCGACUCUUUCUUUCUGAACAAGUUUUCUUCCGAUGUCAUUGCCGAAAGGGCUCCAGUGCCUCCUACUGCAAGGGUUAUAUGUGAAAGGCAUGCCAUCUCUGUUGUUCCAGUGACACGUGUAACCAUGUGUCAUCGCAGUCGAUCCUUCAGUUUCUACAUCAUUGGUUAUAGCAGGGAGGUGUAUUUGAAGGACUACUACCCCUCUAGGUUUUGCUGGGGGCUUUGUCCUUGCUUAGAGUGGCUGAAGCUGUAAUAAGGCAGAUUCCCAGGUUUGAAAUCCAUAGUCGUUUAUGCCAGUUGAUGCUGUGUGAGUUUCUCUUUUUAGCAUAAACAGCUUAUUUUUCUCCACGGAUUGAGGGCUGUAUUUUUGGCUUGUAAUAAUCACAUUUUUGUCUCCUUUGAUGGCUGUA